UCCUAGUAUGAAGUUGACCAUAAACCUAGGUCAUAUUGUUGCUCAAUUGGGAACGUUGUUGUCUUAAUAUGAGAAAUAAGACUAGGAGAGAGAGAGGAGGAUGAGAGAGAGAGAGAAUGCUAGGGUUAGAGCAAGGUUCUCGACAGCCAAGGACAGUGGGGCUCGGAGGCGGCUUCCAGGGUUCGGCAAGGGGUUCCUAAAGCAGGCUACAACGUUUUUCUUCUAUGAUUUCCCAAAGGAUCGUUCAGUGAAGGAUCUGUGGUUCUGUUUUUGGUCAUAUGGGAAGGUGGUGGAUGUGUACAUUCCCACAAGGCGUGAUCGAAGAGGUCGUCGGUUUGGGUUUGCUCGUAUGUCGGGUGCCUUUGAUGUCAAAGACAUGGAGAGGAGACUAAACCAUAUUUGGCUGGACUCCUAUCGUCUUAAAGUGAAGGUGGUAGAGAAUAUGAAAAGAGGGAAGGUUAAGUUUAGGGAGGCUCAAAAUAGAAGGGAAGAGAAACAAUGGGUUAGAAGGGAUGCGAAGGUGAAACCUGGGAGGUCUUAUGCACAGGCUGUUGCUGCUAGUCCGGGUGCAAUUGCGGAAGGUUUGUCCUUGAACAAGGGGGACAAACAAUUGAUGGCAACGAGAGAGAUGGAGGAAACAACGGACAUGAUUGCAUUGGAGGGCUUCUCGAUGAAGGUUUCUGCAGUGAUACCUGAAAAAACCCUAGAGAAACUGUCUAUGCCAUUGAUAACAGAAGGGGUAGCUGGGGCAACGUCUCCUAUACACGGUGAUUUGGUUUUAGAAUUCUUGCCUAGUGAUGAGAAGUGACAUGGUUGAAUAGGAGUAUGGUGGCUGUGGUCCGAUCUCUAGAUAUGGUGAGACAAAUUCAACAUAGGAUGGAUGUUGAUGGUUUAAUGGUGAAUGUUGCACUGUUAGGAGGUAGAUAGAUCAUUUUGGUAGAUAAUUCAGAAGGAUGUCUUGUGGAGUUCAUAGAAAAUAAUAAGGAGCUAACAGAGUU